UAGGGACAAUUAAGCACCGAGAGGUUGCAUAAUCUCAUUUCCAUAUUUGCUCUUUUAUGGUCCAUCAUCGAACCAAAUCGCUCGGCAUCAAAAGCGCCCAAUUAGCCCAUUCAGCGAAAUAUGAAAUAAAUGUCCAAGUUCACUCUGGCGACCAGAAUGUCCCGUCCUCGUCGACAAAAUGAAGUUGCUAGUGUUGAUAUUAACGCUCAUAGAGUUUGGGCAGACUAUCGAAACUAGAGACUCCACGUGUGUGGUAAGCCAGCUGCAAGACUUGGCAAGAAUCACCAAAUCCUGCCACAACAUCACAAUUCGAGAUCUUUUUGUGCCGGCUGGUGAAACGUUGGUGUUGGACCUUUUGGUUGGAGCGACUGUAACAUUUCUCGGCAAUGUAGACUUCGCUCUUUUAAACUGGGCUGGACCGCUAAUGCGGCUGUAUGGAAACGCCAUUACCAUCAAUGGAGCGCCAGGGCACAGUCUUAAUGGCCAAGGCGAGUUGUACUGGGACACGCUUGGAAGUUGGGGCACGAAAAAACCCAAAUUCCUCAUUGCGGAAGUGAGCAAUGGAUCAAUCAUUAAAGGGCUUCGCUUCAAGAAUGCCCCCAUUCAUGGCAUCUACAUUAAUAAUUCACAUGAUGCCCUUUUCACUGAUAUUUUAAUAGAUAAUUCGGAAGGCGAUGAGAAUGUGGCCCUUUAUGGACAUGCAGGCCACAAUACCGACGGCUUUGGAGUGGCACGCUCUUCCAACAUCACAAUUGCUCAUGCAACGGUGUUCAAUCAGGAUGACUGUGUUGUCCUUAAUUCAG